UGGAGCUCGAGGCGGCGGCGAAGAUGGCGGCGGCUGCGGCGACCACCACCGUCACCGCGGCGCUCUCUCUGGGCACCGAAACCGUCAAGGUGGAAAAUGGGCAGAGCACGUCAGCCAAGCUGGGACUCCCUCCUCUUACCCCGGAGCAGCAGGAGGCUCUUCAGAAGGCCAAAAAAUACGCGAUGGAGCAGAGCAUCAAAAGUGUCUUGGUGAAGCAGACGAUUGCCCACCAGCAGCAGCAGCUCACCAACCUCCAGAUGGCAGCAGUGACAAUGGGCUUUGGAGAUCCUCUCUCACCUUUACAAUCGAUGGCAGCGCAGCGGCAGCGGGCCCUGGCCAUCAUGUGCCGGGUCUAUGUGGGCUCCAUUUACUAUGAGCUGGGAGAGGACACCAUCCGGCAGGCCUUUGCCCCCUUUGGGCCCAUCAAGAGCAUCGACAUGUCCUGGGAUUCCGUGACCAUGAAGCACAAAGGCUUUGCCUUUGUGGAGUACGAGGUCCCUGAAGCUGCUCAACUGGCCCUGGAGCAGAUGAACUCCGUGAUGCUCGGAGGGCGGAACAUCAAGGUGGGGAGGCCCAGCAACAUUGGCCAAGCGCAGCCCAUCAUCGACCAGCUGGCAGAGGAGGCUCGAGCCUUCAACCGCAUUUACGUGGCCUCGGUGCACCAGGACCUCUCUGACGACGACAUCAAGAGUGUCUUUGAGGCCUUUGGGAAGAUCAAGUCCUGUACGUUGGCCCGGGACCCCACCACGGGGAAGCACAAGGGCUACGGCUUCAUCGAAUAUGAGAAGGCCCAGUCCUCGCAGGACGCCGUCUCCUCCAUGAACCUCUUCGACUUGGGGGGCCAGUAUCUCCGUGUGGGCAAAGCGGUCACUCCGCCCAUGCCUCUGCUGACCCCGGCCACCCCGGGAGGCCUGCCCCCUGCAGCGGCCGUAGCCGCAGCCGCUGCCACGGCGAAAAUCACCGCUCAGGAAGCUGUGGCAGGAGUGGCAGGUGCUGCUGUCCUUAGCACAUUAGCCACCCCCGGACUGGUGACCCCAGCCCUGACCCUAGCACAGCCCCUGGGGGCCUUACCGCAGGCUGUGAUGGCAGCUCAAGCUCCAGGCGUCAUCACGGGUGUCACACCAGCUCGCCCACCUAUUCCUGUCACUAUUCCCCAGGUGGGUGUGGUGAACCCCAUCUUGGCCAGUCCCCCAACGCUAGGCCUGCUAGAAGCCAAGAAGGAGAAGGAGGAGGAGGAAGUUUUCCAAGAAUCUGAAAGGCCAGAGAUGCUCAGUGAACAGGAGCACAUGAGCAUCUCUGGCAGCAGCGCCCGCCACAUGGUGAUGCAGAAGCUUCUCCGGAAACAAGAGUCAACAGUCAUGGUUUUGCGGAACAUGGUGGACCCCAAGGACAUUGAUGAUGACUUGGAAGGAGAAGUAACAGAGGAGUGUGGCAAAUUUGGGGCUGUCAACAGAGUCAUCAUCUAUCAAGAGAAGCAGGGUGAGGAAGAAGAUGCGGAGAUCAUUGUCAAGAUCUUUGUGGAAUUCUCCAUGGCCUCAGAGACUUGCAAAGCCAUCCAGGCACUGAAUGGCCGCUGGUUUGCGGGCAGGAAGGUUGUGGCUGAAGUGUAUGACCAGGAGAGAUUUGAUAAUAGUGACCUCUCCACAUGAACUCUUUCACAAAGACUUCUCUUUCAUUUUCCCCAAUGUUUUCUGGAAUAUUUUUGGACCAGCAUUACCCUGUGUUGUACACAUAGUUGUCGGUAAAGAUGCCAGGAAGAAAAUAC